AACUGAAAGUCAGGUGUCAAGUGACGUGUAAAAAUUUGAAAAAUGACGUGACGUGUUCGGGAUUUUAAUUGAGAAAUUUUUCUUAAUAUUUUUUUGGGUAAAUUUUACACAGAAAACAACCGUGAUAGUAUCGUGAAAUUGUGGGGCAAGUGUUUAACUAAUCACCAUGGCGCAGAUGACAAUGAUUGCUCGGGUAAUCGAUGGAUUACCGCUAGUGGGGACAAUGCAGGAAGAUGAGCAGUCUGGUCGGAGUGUACUUGAGUAUCAGAAUCAGGCAAAGAUGCUGUUUAGAAAGUUAGGUCCUCACUCUCCGGCACGAUGCACCAUUGAGACAGGACCCUAUUUAUUCCACUAUUUAAUAGAAAAUGAGGUCUGCUACUUGGUUCUAUGUGAUAAAAUGUACUCCAAGCGCUUGGCAUUCAACUAUUUGGAAGAUAUUGCGCAGGAAUUUCACAAGAAUUACGGGAGAAAAGUGAAUUCUGUGACGAGACCCUAUGCCUUCAUUGAAUUCGAUGUGUACAUCCAGAAAGCCAAGAAAUCCCUCACUGAUCGUCGCCGGAAUAUCAAUACCAUUAACACACAACUCCAGGAUGUCCAGAGAAUUAUGGUUCAGAAUAUUGAUGAUGUCCUUCAGAGGGGUACAGUUCUCUCUGAACUGGAUACAAAGACACAAAAUCUUUCGAUGCUGUCGCAGAAAUAUAAAAAAGAUGCCACGUAUCUCAAUAGAAAAUCGAUGUACGUUAAAGCUGUUUGUGGAUUGGUCCUGCUCAUCUUUGUCAUCCUGUAUUUCUGGGUUCUGUAACAUCGCACUGACCAAUGAAUUGUAUUUUGAAAUAUCAUCCUUAGUCAUCGGCAAUCAUUCAUCAUUAAUUAUUUUUUGGGGGGAUAUCCAUUAUUCACAAUUUUGUCUUCAAAAGUUGAGGUAAAAAGUUCCAAUCGAAAUGGGGCAAUUUGAGGUAAAAGAAAAUAUAUUGAGAGACAUUUCAGAAA